AUGAACACCGGCCACUAGGCAAUGAUGGUAAAUGAUAAAAGACGGUCGUGGCUAUACUCAACAGCCAAGCUUGUACUCGCCUUGGUAUGGUUGCUAGCCACCUCAGAGUGUAUACAAUACUGCUCUGAAUGCUACUCAUUUUAUGACGGCCAUGGCGCAGAGCAGACGAAUGUCAGAAUCAUAUCUUGGAUCCUCUUGGGUGACGGCGGAGCGUACACCUAUCGCAAAUAUCCCCGCCAAUUCGCAAGAAUGUGUCAAUCAUUGGCACAGUAUCUUUGCUAGAGACCUCAUCGACUUGCGGAUCGUCACAGUUGACGCCCAAACCAGCGUCGAGGAGGCAUGCGAGACUCUUCUCACUGAAGAUAUCUUAUGCUUGACUGUCAAAUCCGAUGGCGCGACCGUCGGACUGUUCGAUUUUUCUGAUGUCAAUGCGUUCUUGACUCUGGCGGCCACACGACACACCUUGCCACCAGACGAUUUAAGGGAGAACCAUCGCGUCCAUGAAAUCGUUGCGGCUGCUCGAACAGGUCAUGUACCCGUUCAGCUGGUUAGCAAUCUAUCCGAGAAGAAUCCCCUCGUUGUUUUGCCCUAUGACGCCACGAUUGUGUCUUUGUUGAAGCAUUUUUCUCGCGGGACACAUAAAGUUCUUGUACAGAAGGCAGAACCUCCAAAUGACUACUUGGGCAUAGUCUCCGAUCGACGACUCUUGGCCUGGUUUUCUUCGUAUGCCUCACAGAAUCCUUCUCUUGGGGGCUUCCUUUCUAAUCCUCUCCAUUCAUUCUCCCUCCCCUCUCUGGAUCUGUAUUCUUCCGUUAUUGCAGCUACCUCGACGGCUAGUGUUCUGGAUGCUAUGAGAUUGAUGAGCGAAGAAGGCGUCAGCAGCGUUGCCGUUGUAGAUGAUCAGACUGCGGUACUCCUCAGCGCCGUGAGCGUAACGGACGUCGGAAAGAUUGUUGUUCCCUCGGAAAGUAAACAUAUCUUGUCGAUUCCUUUACAUAAAUUCAUUGCUCAGAUCAAGGCUUCCGACGGGUCUAAAGAUGGUGCAGACAAGUAUCCAGUAUAUUCCGUCCUCCCCACCAAUAGCAUGCUGUAUACGAUACAGAAGCUGCUAGCUACCAAUGCACACAGGUUAUUCGUGACGCAGGACAGUUCGUCGGGCGUGUCCUCUCCUGUCGUAUCCUAUAUCACCUCUGGAAAUCUUUCUGGCAUUGUUUCAAUCGUUGAUAUUUUGUCGAUCUUUGGCCGUAUGGCAAAUAUUGAAGACGUCGAUCCGAAGCUGAUGCAACGUCACAGACGUGCAUCGUCUUCGGCCUCUUCCCACUCUUCCUUGUCGGACGAAUUGUCCCGUUCAAGGCCUAGCAGUCGGACAAGCGUCCGGCGAACCCUGAGUCUUCGUAACCCGAGAGCAAUGAACAGGAAUUCACGGGCUUCUUUCUCUAGUGCGGAGUCAGCAACUCAUGCAAUGGAAAGAAGCGCGUAG